UCUGGAGUCUAUAUUGCUCCUUCACUCUUGCCUCUCUGCUUAAGUCUACAGUCUACAGUCUACAUCCACCUUCUUCUCUCUCUGUUUAUUCUCCAUUUUUUUUGGUUCUACACUAAAUCGGCCAAAAAUCUUUCUUCCGCAACGACUACAGGAUUGGAGAUGGCGGAAGGGGCUAAAAGCGUGAUAAUACUUGAAUCAGACGAGGAGAACGAGAACGAGAGCGAGAACAGGAACGAGAAUGGCUGUUCCCAGUCCGAAGAAUGGUGCUUUGUCUGCCACGACGGUGGCAUGAUUCGUGACUGUGAUUUUCCGAAAUGUGGAAAAGCUUAUCACUACAAAUGCGUUGGUCAAAAGAAACCAUUUCUUACAAGUAGUAUGAGCUGGAAUUGCGCUCGACACUUUUGCUCCAAUUGUGGUGGAAAGCCAAGAAUUAUGUGUUACUGCUGUCCCAAAGCAAUAUGUCAUCAAUGCAUUGACUCUGCAGAGUUUUUUCCAAUUAAACAAGAAAAUGGAUUUUGCAAGGACUGUAUGAAUUUUGUGCUGCUUUCUGAAGGAAUUGUAGAUUCAGACUCCAGCUUGCACAAAAGAAUGAGUCUUGGGGAUCUUUCCACACGAGAAAGAUAUCUCAAGGAAUAUUAUGAGAUCAUAAAGAAGCAAUACAGCCUUACUUUGGGUGAUAUCCAAUCUGCCCGAAGGCAAUUGAAGAAUCGAGAGAAGCGCAAAUCUUGUGAGAGUUUAGAUGAUGCCAACAAGAAUAAGAGAUCUAGGGUUCUACCAAGGACAAAGCUGUGUUUUAACACAACUUCUCCAAGUGAGGAGGUGGUAAGUAGUAAAACUCCAACCUUGUUUGCAGCAGUCGUUCUUGAUAAUAUUAGACUUGCAUACCUGAGAAGGAGAUUAGUUGGGAAGCUCCUGGAGCAGCCUGAAUCUUUUGAGAACAAGGUAAAAGGUACUUUUGUUCUUGUUGAAUUACCUUCACCUGAUGGACGUCAGAGGAAAACUCGUCAGCUUGUGCAAGUGACAGGCACAAGGAAGACUUCAGGUGAUCAUGAUGAGGUGGAUAUUAAGCUUCUAGCGUCAAAUAUUCCAAAUGAAAUUUCAAUUCACAUGUUAUCAAAUGCUGAUCUGUCGGAGAAGGACUGUGAAGAUCUCAGACAGCAGGUGCAAAAUGGUCUGCUUAGAAUGCCCACUGUGGAGGAGCUUGAACAAAAGGCCAGAGUUCUGCAUGAGGAAAUUGUGGAUGAUAUAAUUGCUACAGAGCUGAGAGUCCUGCAAGUAAAAAUUGACAGAGCUAAUGAAAAGGGUUGGAGACGAGAAUUGUUCGAACUUAGAAAUAGAAGGACACAGCUAGAAGCACGAUCAAAGCGGUUGUGGUUACUAAAUAAUGUUCCAGUGGUCAGUUCAGAAGUAGUAGAUAUCAAUGUUAUGCCUUGUGGAACUGCAGAUGACAGACAGGGAAGCGCAGGCUCACCCAUAUCAAUCCCAAUUGAAGGGUCACAGUGCACUAGUAACUGUGAUAAAUUCAGUGAAAGCUUGAUAAGUUCAGUACCUAUCAAUAAUGUGGAGGCAGGUGGUAAAACUAUCUCAGUGUCUGCAGUUACAUUAGAUCCUAGUCCAAGAUUGAAGGAUCUCAUGGAUGAUAAAAUGCAAAAUGAAGGCCCUGCUAUGGUAAUCCUCGACCAGGAGUGCAAGGGCAGUGAAACUGCUUCAGUAGUGUCCCUCUUCAAGAGAUCACCAGGUGCCUCUACUCCAACUGAAGAGCAUGUAAGGAAGCUGGUGAAAGAUCCCGUGGUGAAUGAUGCUACACCUUCGUGUCCUCAAACCACAAAGACAGAGACCAAUCCUGUGGUGAAUAAUGCUAUGCCUUCAUGUCCUCAAACCGCAGACACAGAGACCAAUAAGGACCCUGAGCAACUGUUUCCAGAAAUUGAGCAGAAUAAACCAACACAAGGACAAAAGGUGAGUGCGAAAAGCACAGCCAUGAAUACUGUAGAGCCCUGUUUAGAGCAGACUCGCUCCAUUUGUUUUGUUCCUGCUUUUCCAUUGGAUGGCAAGGUUAUGACUCCUGUCGUCGAUCAUCAUCCAACUAUGACACAGCAAUCAAAUAAUGAAAGCUUCUUGAGAAGGGAGCUUGACUCCUUACGUUGCGACCUUGUAAGGACGUCCACAAGGGGUGCUUUACUGGAGGAUGAAUUGAAGGCGCUCAAAAAUAAGAUGGAGCAUGAUGCUUUUGUAACCCCCUCCAAAAUUUCAAGCAUGGAGCAAAAGCUUGAUUUGAUGUUUGAGCACCAUGCCAAGCAGUCCGGAGGUGCACAGGUUGAACCUGCCCAGGAGAAAAUAAUCUCUUCUAACAAGUCAAAAAUGUCUGCUGAUGAUGUCACAAGGUUGUUGGAACCUAUAAAAAGAGCUGGUUGGACUGAAGCUUUGGAAGAGGUAAAGGCAAAGCACCUCCCACACUUGAAUCUGAUUGAAUUCCCCAUGUAUGAUCCUGGUUCCCGGCUCAAAGCAGGCCUUAUUGCAAAGAGAAUUUGUGAAUCUGGUAUUCAAAUUGAUCAUCUGGCGUCACUAGAAGCAACUGAGAAAGACCAGGCUAGGGAAACUCAGUGCAACAUCUAUCUAACUUGAGCUUGAGAACUCGAAACUGCCGAUGAAGGUGAACUUCUAGAUAUUCCUACUCGAGUCCCUCAGCCAUGACCUUUUUAGGUGGUGGUGUUCGCUUCUGAUUCCUGUGUUCGUUGUUUCUUUGGAAACCUUGUAAGAACAGUGUGUGUGUGUGUGUGUGUGUGUGUGUGUUUUUUUUUCUCAAGAAACAGUAGUAAAAGCUUAGUUGAAGUUUGUGAAAACACUUGGUCAAUACUAUCUUUAGAAUAGAUAAACCUGGUGGUUUGACACUUCUAAUCUUCUCUUAGUUAUUGUAU